UGAAGAGAGCGUUUAUAAAGGACGGACUUCCGCACGACAGACUAUAAGCGCUCUGGAAUUUGUCGAUCGUUUUUCUUGCAAGAGUUUUUGUUUCCCAUACGUGGAUUGACUGCAGAGACCAGUUGUUCUUUCACUAGAAGACUGUCUUGGCCUUGCUUGUUUCUACUAGCACUACUUCCUUUCCUUACACAGCACCAUCUCGAUUUGCGGUUGCCCAGCAUGCCUAAGAAGUAUUUGGGCUUGACCGGAAACAACCUCAACUGGGCUAUUAGCACAGUUGCAGGUUGUGAUUUCCUUCUCUUUGGUUAUGAUCAGGGUGUUAUGGGCGGUAUCCUAACGCUCGACACUUUCCGCAGCACAUUCCCCAGAAUCGACGACUCGGCUAAUGGCGACUUUACCGGACUAUCGGAGUCGACUCGCUCGGUCUACCAGGGCAUUUCUGUCGGAUCAUACAACUUGGGCUGCUUCUUGGGAGCCGUCAUUACCAUCUUCAUUGGUAACAAGCUUGGCAGACGACGAAUGAUCUUCCUUGGCACCUCCAUCAUGGUGGUUGGUGCUCUUCUGCAGGCCACAGCCAUGAGUCUCCCUCACUUCAUCAUUGGACGAAUCAUUACCGGUCUUGGAAACGGCGGCAACACGUCGACUGUCCCCAUGUGGCAAUCCGAAACCUGCUCCUCGCACAAGCGAGGAAAGCUGGUCAUGAUUGAAGGUGCGCUGAUCACAGCUGGUGUCAUGAUGUCGUACUGGAUCGACUUUGGUUUGUCCUUUGCAGAGCACACUUCUAUGCCCUCUGUCACCUGGCGCUUUCCUUUGGCCUUCCAGAUUGUCUUUUGCAUUUUCAUCUUGGCUUUUGUUCUCGGUCUUCCCGAGUCGCCUCGUUGGCUGGUCUACAAGGGUCGCUCCGACGAGGCUCGUGAUGUCAUUGCCUCUAUUUCGAACUGUGAGCCCACUGAUUCCUGGGUUGAGAACGAAGUUCACGCCAUUGAGGAGACCAACAAGGCCAUGAGCGGCUCUUACUCUGAAAUUUUCACCAACGGCGAAAACCGCAACUUGCACCGCACAAUUCUUGGAUUCGUCAACCAGAUGUUCCAGCAGAUUUCUGGUAUCAACCUCAUCACCUACUACGCAGCCGUUAUCUACUCCAACCUGGGAAUGAGCAAGACGCUUGCUCGUCUGCUGGCUGCUCUCAACGGAACCGAAUACUUUAUUGCAUCAUGGCCUGCUGUCUUCCUCGUUGAGCGUGUUGGCCGUCGCAAGCUGAUGCUGUUUGGCGCUGUGGGCCAGGCUGUUACCAUGGCUCUUCUUGCUGGUAUCAACUCAAGAGAGGAGACUGGCUUCCAGAUCACCGGUAUUGUUUUCCUCUUUGUGUUCAACACCUUCUUCGCUGUUGGUUGGCUCGGUAUGACCUGGCUGUACCCUGCCGAAAUCACUCCUCUCCGUAUCCGUGCUCCCGCCAACGCUAUUUCAACCGCUGCAAACUGGAUUUUCAACUUUAUGGUUGUCAUGAUCACGCCUGUGGCUUUCAAGAACAUUGGAUACCACACCUACACUAUCUUUGCCGUCAUCAACGCCAUCAUGGUCCCCUCUGUGUACUUCUUCUUCCCUGAAACCGCCUACCGUUCGCUUGAGGAAAUGGAUACCAUUUUCAGCAAGGUGUCUGGCCCCAGCGCUGCCUGGGAGGUUGUCAAGGUUGCUGAGACAGAGCCGCGCCAGUACGGCAAGAAUGGCGAGCGUCUCACCGCCUACGAUGAUACGGAGAAAGCUACUAUCGAGCACGGCAAUGAUACGACCAGCGACGCGAGCAGAUCGGUGGCUGAGAAUCCCAUGUUUUCGAAGCACAACGAGGGUGCGCCGGAUCCCAAGGACGACUAAAGCCUAAGCAUCUGGCUGAUGUGGAACACGCCGAUGGAGGAUAAUGCACAGUUUUCUGUUUACGAUUGCCGAUUUUUCUUCUUCUCUGUAUGAUGUGUUUUCUUUAGUCUUGUUUCAAAGACUAGAUCUUUUGUUUUGUUUCGGCAUCGAUGGUCUGCCAGCAGUACCGCCGCCAAUACCACCCACCCUGGUCCUUGUACAAGGUAUACCGGACUGGCCGGUGUAUAUGUAGAUGAGGGAUGCUGACGAUUUAUAUACCCUUUGUCCGUCUACGCAGCAAGCAAACAGUAGCAAGCAGCGACUCAUAUCUUGAUGAUACACAGAUCUGUCUAGCUUGCAGCAUUCUGACGAUUUUAGUUUAUUUUUCCCACUGAAUAUACAAACUCAAUUCACCAA